CUGCGCAUUUCUUUCGCAGUUUCUUCCACAAAAAGACAGUCUUUCUCGCACAAUCCCCCACGUUAUUAAUUCUACAAACACGCGAGACCAGCCUCUCGCGACCCAUCAACCACUUCGAUCAAAAGCAAACACCCUUCUAUUACUGAGAGCAGUCAGCCAAUAUGCCUAAGAAUAAGGGAAAGGGAGGCAAAAACCGACGUCGCGGCAAGAACGAAAAUGACAACGAAAAGCGCGAACUGACCUUCAAGGAAGAAGGGCAAGAAUACGCCCAAGUCCUCAAGAUGCUGGGCAACGGCCGCCUCGAGGCCCUCUGUUUCGACGGCGAAAAACGCCUCGCCCACAUUCGCGGCAAACUACGCAAGAAGGUCUGGAUCAAUCAAGGAGACAUCAUCCUGCUGAGUUUACGGGACUAUCAAGACGAGAAGGGGGAUGUCAUUUUGAAGUACAGCGCCGACGAGGCAAGGUCUCUGAAGGCAUACGGAGAACUUCCCGAGAGCGCAAAGAUCAAUGAGACCGAUACCUACGGUCACGAGGGCGUGGACGAUAAUGUCGAGUUCGAUGAGGACCGGGAUAGUGACUCUGACAAGGAGGUCGAUAUCGACGACAUCUAAUGGACGAGACUAUUUCUUGGAUGCAUUCACGGAGAAUUCAGCAGGUCUGGAAGGACAUGACUUGAUGAGUCACGAGGCUGUAUUGCCACUGUACUGCUUUUCUCCGAGCAUACACACGAACACACCAGUAUGAGUGCAGGUAUGAUAUGAUGGGAGUCUGGAGAAUGGGUCUAGCUUGAGUUAGAGACAAUCAACCACAUUUGUGUUUCACGCGGA